GUAAAAAGUACACAUAUGAUAAUUAACAUGACACGUCUGUAAUAAAAUAUAAAUGAUAUUUAAUUGUGUUGAAUAAAAAUAAUGUUUUUAUAAUUUCGCGGGUUGUAUUUUAUAUUUUAAUUUGAUAAUAAAUAAAAAUGGAAUUUUUUAAAAAUAGUUUUAAAUCUGUUUUGGGUGCACCAGAUCCUGAAAAUCAACCAACUGGUGCUGACACUGUUGAAAGAUUGGUGGAUAGAUUAGAGUCUUCGAGUUUAUUAGAUGAUCGUAGAGAUGCAUGUCGUGCAUUAAAAGCACUAUCACGAACUUAUAGAGUUGAAGUUGGUGCUCAAGGUAUGAAUUCAGUACGACAAGUAUUGGAAAUGGAUCGUACUGAUUGUGAGAUUGUUGGUUUAGCUCUUGAUACUCUUUGUAAUAUAACAAGUCCAGAAACAUUUGACGAAGAAGUUGAUAAACAUGGUAAAAAUUCUAAAAUUGGUGAACAAUUUACCGAAAUAUUUAUAAAACAUCAGGACAGUGUUGGUCUUGUAUUGUCUGCACUUGAAGAUUUUGAUUUUCGUGUAAGAUGGCCGGCAUUAAAAUUACUUGCUAAUUUAAUAUCAAAUAGACCAAAAGAUAUACAAGAAAUAAUAUUAAUAAUGCCAAUGGGAGUUUCGAAAUUAAUGGAUUUAUUGAGUGACAGUAGAGAAGUUAUUAGAAAUGAUGCAUUAUUAUUAUUAAUCCAAUUAACAAAAGGUAAUGGAAAUAUACAAAAAAUAGUUGCAUUUGAAAAUGCAUUUGACAGAAUAUUUGAUGUUAUUAAUCAAGAGGGUGGUGCUGAAGGUGGUAUUGUUGUUGAAGAUUGUUUAUUAUUGAUGUUAAAUUUAUUAAAAGGUAAUGUCAGUAAUCAAAAUUUUUUUAAAGAAGGAAGUUAUAUUCAACGUUUAACACCAAUGCUUAAAUUACCAUCAAUUGAUGAUGUAAAUUCAGAUGAUAAUAAUAGUAGUAAUGUUAUUAUUGGAUGGAGCCCACAAAAAGUUGCAAAUGUACACUGUAUGAUACAAGUAAUACGUGCACUUGUUGCACCAAGUUGUUCUGCUCAAAUAAUAUCUGGUUGUCAACGUAUUAUGCAUGCUUGUGGUUUACUUAAAUCACUUUGUGAUAUUUUAAUGGCCAGUGGUGUACCAGCAGAUGUAUUAACAGAAACAAUAAAUGCUGUUGCUGAAGUUAUAAGAGGUAAUAAUAUUAAUCAAGAAUUUUUAUCAAAUGUUACUGCACCAAGUACUCCACCACGACCAGCAAUUGUUGUAUUACUUAUGUCAAUGGUUAAUGAAAAACAACCAUUUCAAUUAAGAUGUGCAGUACUAUAUUGUUUUCAAUCAUUUUUAUAUAAAAAUAAUAUUGGUAAAAAUAAAUUAAUUCAAACAUUAUUACCACAAAGUAAUGAAACUCAAUUAUUAACAACUGGACAAUUAUUAUGCGGUGGUUUAUUUUCACCAGAUCCAUUAUCUAAUUGGUUUUCAUCAGUAGCAUUAUCACAUGCAUUAAUUGAUGAUAAUAAUAAUAAUGAAAAAGAACAAUUAUUACGUGUAUUAUUGGCAACAAAUAUUGGUAAACCACCAGUAACAUUAAUGCAACAGUGUAUAUUAUUAUUACAACAAAGUAAUAAUAAAUUACAAAGUAAAUUAGGUUUAUUAAUAUUAUUAUGUAGAUGGAUAAGUUAUUGUCCAUUGGCUGUUAAAACAUUUUUAUCAAUUGAUUCAUCAGUAUCAUAUUUAACAGCAUUAUUAUCUGGUCAUGAUAAUAAUGAAGAUGUACAAGAAAAUCUUGUUCAAAGUAUGUGUGCAUUUUUAUUAGCCAUGUGUGUACAUUUUAAUGAUGAUCAAGUACCAUUGUAUACUAAAGAUAAAUUAUGUAAUUUAAUUGAUAAACGUAUUGGUCUUGAAAGAUUUCAAGAUGCUAUUGGUGGUACAACAAGACAUGAAAUUUAUUCACGUACAUUAAAACAUCCACAGCCAUCAGCUAAAAAUCCAUCUGAUUUAUUACUUGAUCAUGAAUUUUGUCGUUUAUUAAAAAUUCUUGAAGGAGCUGUUUCUGAAUCAAUAAUUAAAGGAAGUAAUUCUGUUAAUGAAUCUGCUAUUAAAAAUUCAAAUAACCAAAUAAAUUCAAAUUUAUCUGGUAAUUCUUCAGCUCUUGUUUCUCAAUACAAAGAUCUUAUACGAGAACAAGAUGAUGAAAUUCAAAAAUUAAAACAAUCUAAUGAAAUUUUGAUAAAAGAAAAACAACAGCUUGAGCUCAAGGUUCAAGAAUUACAAACAGAAGUGAGUAAUUUAAAAGAUCAGAAUAUUGUUUUACGAGCUGCCCAAACAAAUUUAAAUGAUGAAAAAGAUUCAUUAACAAAUCAUAUUAUUAAAAUUGAGGACAGUUCUGCUACUGAUGUUACUAAUCAUGAUAAACAAGAAUUAAUUAAGUGUCAAAAUAUUAUACAACAAUUACAGUUACAAAUUAAUGAGUAUAAAUUAAAAUUACAAGAACAGGAAUCAAGUAAAGAAGCAAUUAAAAAAAUUGAUACAUUGUAUAAAGAAAAAACAGACGAGCUUGAUAAAUUAAAAAAAGAUCAAGAAGAUCUUUUAGAACUUUUAGCUGAUCAAGAUACUAAAUUAAUCUUGUAUAAAGAAAAAUUGACGGCCUUGGGUGAAAAAAUUGAAUCUGAAGUUAGUUCCGGUGAAGUUGAUGACGAUACUGACGACCAACCAGAGUCAAGUAAUUAAAAUUAUUAUUAUUAUUAAUAUUAUUCCGCAUUUCCAAAUGCACAAAGGUAUUAUUUAUAGUAAAAAAUAAAAAAUAAGAAAAAAAAAAUAUAUAUAUAUAAUAAUAACUACUAUAAUAUUUUUAGUUUUAUUUAUUUAACUUAUUAAUAAUCCACAGGUGAGUAAUUACCUAUUAGAUAAAUAAGUUAUUUACUACUUUUAAUAUUUUAUUUAAAUAAUUAUUUCAUCAUACUAUUUUUACUCCUUACAUCUUCUAUUUACAUUUACAUAGUUUAUAAUAAUAAUUAGAAAAAAAUGAAUUAAAAAAAAAAGUAACGAAUUAAGCUUGAAGUUGACGUUGCUUUAAAACUGCUUGAACGCAUUUUGCCAUUGUUGGUGAUGCUCUUGAAACUACGUCAGUCAUGAAAAAUUGUUCCAAUGAUUUUUGUUUUACAUCAACUGGAUCUUGUAAAAAUGAACCUCCGGUUUUCUAUUUAAACAAAUAAAUUUAUUUUUAUUAAUAUUAACUUUUUUAACUUUUUAAAAUAAAUAAUACUUACUUUGGAUAAUUCAAGAGCUUGGGCAAAGUAAUUUGCUGGUUCAACAUCACCAUAUCGUACUAAAUGUGGAGCUAUUUCGGUAAUUCUAUCACGAACUUGAGAUAAAUUGUCAUAUGGCAAAUCAACUCCGGAAAAUUCAGCGAGAGCUCGAAUUAUUUUCCAAUCAGGUCUUGCCAUACCUGGUGGUGUUAAUGCUGGUGCUGUUUGUUGUGCUCUCCCUUCAGUAUUUACGUAACUUGCUGUUUUUUCAGUAUAAGCAGCUCCUGCCAAUACAACAUCAGCAAUUGCUGCUCCAUGAUCACCAUGACUGCCAAUAUAAAUAAUAAAUGUAUUUGGAAAAUCUUCUCGUGUUAUAUUUGAAUCAUCAGCUCCAAGUAAAAAUAAAACUUUUGGUUGUGAUUUUUUUAUUUCGCUUAAAGUUGUUGUACCAUAACCCAAAUCCAAUGCUGCAACUUGUGAUGCAUUUGUGUGUAAAAUAUUUAAUACUUUCCAAUCAGAGACCUGAAAAAAAAAAAAAUUAAAAAUUAAUAUAAAUAAUAAUAACUUUGAUGAAUUUUUAUUAUACUUUAGUGUUUUCUCCCAAAACUUUAGCAAGCUCUUGAGUUGCAGAAAGAAUUUGUUGUCCAUCUUUUCUUGUCAACUGAUCAGCCCCCAAUAUAAUUAUUGGUUUUUUAGCAUUACGUAAAAUUUCAUUAAAUGGAUGUUUAUUAUCUUUUAACUGAUUUAUAAUAUCUGGUGAUUGUCCAAGAUGUUGAUAAUUAUAAGUAAGAUCAACUUUAGGUCCAAUUAAUCCAAUAUUUUGUUCAUUAUGUAAAUAUCCUUUUCUUAAACGUGUAUUUAUCAAUGGUGCUUCAUAACGUGGAUUUGUACCAAUUAAUAAUACAGCAUCAGCUUCUUCAAUAUUUUGUAUUUUAUUAUUUAAUAAAUAACUACUACGUAAAUCAAUACCAGAGCCAUCAUUUGGAUAAGUUUGUUCGGUGGCUAAUAAUUCACCACCCAAUUUAUUAACAAAAUCUUUUAAUAUAACAAGUGAUUCAGCAUCGGCUAAUUUACCAGCAAUAACAGCUGUUUUACCAGAUGGUAAUGCUUCAAGUUUACGUGCUGCUGUUAAUAAUGCACCUUCCCAUUCAACAUUUUCUAAUUUAUUAUCAAUACGCACCAUUGGUGUUAUUAAUCUUUGACGUUUAAGACCAUCACAAGCAAAUCUUGCUUUAUCACUUAUCCAUUCUUCAUUAACUUGUUCAUUAACACGUGGUAAUAUUCUUAAUACUUCACCAGUUCUUGAUGAUACAACAAUAUUACUACCAACAGCAUCAGAUAUAUCAAUACUAUCAGUACGACGUGUUUCCCAUGGACGUGCUACAAAUGCAUAUGGCUUACUUGUUAAUGCACCAACUGGGCAUAAAUCAAUAAUAUUACCAGAUAAUUCAGAUAAAAACAUUUUUUCAACAUAUGUACCAACUUGCAUAUCAUUACCACGUCCAGUAGUACCUAAAUCAUCAAUACCAGCAACUUCUGAUGCAAAACGUAUACAACGAGUACAAUGAAUACAACGUGUCAUUAUUGUUUUAACUAAUGGACCAAUAUCUUUAUCUUCAACAGCACGUUUACCACUAAAAUCAAUAUCGGUAAAUCUACUACGAUCACUACCAAAUGCCAUACUUUGAUCUUGUAAAUCACAUUCACCACCUUGAUCACAAAUAGGACAAUCUAAUGGAUGAUUAACUAAUAAAAAUUCCAUAACACCUUCUCUUGCUUUACGUGUUAAAUCAGAAUUUGUUUUAACACGCCAUCCUUUCAUAACAGGCAUUGCACAAGCUGCUACUGGUUUUAAUUGUUUUUCUAUUUCAACUAAACACAUACGACAAUUACCAGCAACAGCAAGACGUUCAUGAUAACAAAAUCUUGGUAUUUCAAUUCCGAUUUUAGCUGCUGCUUGAAGUACAGUUGUACCUGGUGGUACUUUUACUGAUUGAUCAUCAAUAAAUAAUUCAAUUAAAUCAUUUGCUGCUGCUGCUGGUUGUUGACAUUUUUUUGAUGAAGUUGCAAUACCAGAUUUACAAAUAAAUUUAAUACAAUUUGAUGAAAGAUUUUGAGUUGAAGACGAAACUUGCCCUCCUCUCAGCACUAGAGGAACUCGCAACAUUUUC